ACCGGUCGCGAUCGGUAACCAUUUUUUUCCCUCGUUUUCCCGGCUUUCAUUCCACCAGUCUGUUUUGUGUACCACUUUUUCAUCCCUCACUUCGCUUCGCGGCUUCUUGGAUACCGUCGCUGGAGGAGUCUGUAUUGAGGGCUGUUGGGGGUGUGCUGUGUAUUUUUUUUUGGAAGGAAACCUCUCAAAAGCUGUUCGCUACGAAUGCGUUGAUUGUGGGUGGGGAAGCAAAAUCGUGCAAGUGUGUUACAAUAAAAUCCAGGUGAAAAGGGAGAAAAAUAACGGAAUUACUUCACCACUGGAGGGGGUGGCGAAACCAUGAUUUGGAAAUGAAUGAAUUGGAAUUUUGAAUACAGGAUUCAGGAUUCAGGCGCAUUCCUUAAGUUUGUUACUGAGUUCUUCAAUUGACGUCCAAUGCGUGGAGUAUUAAUUGGUGUUCACAGCAGAGCUGCAGUGUAUUUUACGAUUGGCACGGGUAUGACGUUGCAGAGUUGAGUUGCAUUUGCAGUAAGCGUGAAUCGCAGUCAAUGCAGACAAUGAGUGUUUGUAUGCAAGACAUUGAAUUGUAGUGCCGUGGAUAGUUUGCGAGCGAUUAGUUCGCGAUAGCGUGUAAACAAAAGUGCAUUUGUGGGAGUGUGCAUCGCAUGCAUCUCGUGCUCGGCGUGAAUGCAGUUGUUAUGACUCCGACGGAUGUUGCUUGUCGUGAAUCGUCGUCGAUGACAUUACGAGUGUGUACUCGUAAUUGUUGACGACAUUUUCCAGCUCGACUCUGUAUGUGUGCCAAGUCCGGAACCAUGAUGGCGGAAAAUAUUGUGUAAUUCCUAAAACGAUGUACGGCGUUCGUCUCCAGAAAGUUGCGAAAUGUGCCGUCAAUUUGUACGUGUAUAGUUCCUGAGUAUAGACCAAGUGCUCAUCGUAAUGUUGAUGCUGAUUGAAGAAUCGCUGGAUGGUAAAUUGUGUGAAUGGUAAGCGUGAAAAGGGCUAGCCAUAGAUCUUUGGUUUCGGGAAACGAAAAAUCUCUUGAUGAGGUGGCAUUGUGGAAACCGGGAGUCAUUGAUGUGCAGGGAUUCGCCGCGAGCAUAAGCAAAUAAUUAAGUUAAUAAGUGAAAACAUAUGUUUCAAAUGUUUGGGUAAUUGUGACUAAAAUAACGAGCCGUUGAGUGAAAUCAUGAUCAAGUGAAUUAGAUUGUUUUUAUUAACUGGUAAUUAGAUCAUCGAGUGUUGUAGAAUAUGCUGAAUAUCAAUGUCCUGACGCAGGAAUUCACUUGGCGAGACGGAACAAUACGAUUCUCAAUUUGAUAAGAACUGUUGAAUGACGGCAUUUUCCGGUAGCAUAACAACCAAGGUGAUAUGAUUCGUAGCUGAAAAGGCCCCUGAAUAUAACGGUCGCAUUUGAAGAUUUAUUCCAAUAGUCAUAAGGAUAUGAAAAAAACGUAGAGAAAUAGAUUUGAAAAUUUUGAUUGAUCGGUAGAGGAAACUGAAUGUGAUAUCUAUUAGCUUUCAAUAUAUACAAAAUAAUAUGUACAAUUAAGAAACAUAUUUUACGGUUAAGAAAAGAGAGAUUUUGAAACACCUACCAUAAUGGAGGAGGAUCCAGAUGAUAAGGAUGAUACUAAAAGAAAAUCCCGCAAUCUCAGCGAGAAGAAACGAAGGGACCAAUUCAACCUGUUGGUCAACGAGCUGAGUUCGAUGGUGUCUUCCAACAGCCGGAAAAUGGACAAAAGUACCGUGCUCAAGUCUACGAUUGCGUUCCUCAAGAGUCACAACGAGAUCGCGGUUAGAUCCCGGGUGCACGAGAUCCAAACCGAUUGGAAACCGUCCUUUCUGUCCAACGAGGAGUUCACCCAUCUGAUUCUGGAAGCACUGGAUGGAUUUAUUAUUGUGUUUUCCUCGACGGGGCGGGUGUUCUACGCCUCGGAGAGCAUAACUUCGCUGUUGGGUCAUUUACCUAGUGACUUGCUCAACAUGACGGUGUACGAUAUGGUAUACGAGGAUGAUCAGAAUGAUCUAUAUAACAUUCUACUCAAUCCGACUACUGUGGUGGACCCGGUGCACACUGGAAUCGAUCGGGACCAGAUAACCUUUUCAUGUUAUAUCAAGCGAGGCACGGCGGACUAUCGUUCCGAGAUAUCCUAUGAGUUGGUACAAUUUAAUGGUUAUUUUAGGAGUGACGUGGAUGCUGAUUCCCUGAUGACAACAUCGAGGUUCAGUGGACACAUUACCGAUGUCGAUACGAGGCUUAUUUUCGUUGGGACUGGAAGACUGCGGACACCACAACUGAUCCGUGAGAUGUCGAUUGUGGACAGCUCGAAGAGUGAGUUCACUUCGAAACACAGCCUUGAAUGGAAGUUCCUAUUUUUGGACCACCGAGCGCCACCCAUUAUUGGAUACCUCCCGUUUGAAGUGCUCGGAACCUCCGGAUAUGAUUACUAUCAUUUCGAUGACUUGGAGAAGGUGGUCGGCUGCCUGGAAGUUUUGCUUCAACGGGGAGAAGGUACCUCCUGCUACUACCGGUUUCUGACGAAAGGGCAGCAGUGGAUAUGGCUGCAGACAAUGUUCUACAUCACCUAUCAUCAGUGGAAUACAAAACCGGAGUUCGUGGUGUGCACACACCGGGUGGUAAGCUAUGCAGACGUCAUGAAACAAAUACGGAAUCAGUCUGGUGGAGAGAGCAAGUUCUCUGAUGAUGCUGACAGUGUAAGCGUGGGUGUGGAAAGGAAAUUCCAACCGAGCUCACGCCAAAGUUUACUGGCUACUUCUUCUUGGAGUUCUAAGAGUUCGCGAACGUCGCGAUUAGCACCGACACCAGCGGUUUCACCAACGGGUACAUCAUCCCGUGGAAGGAGUCGCAACUACUCCUGUCACGGACCGGGCUCCGAUUCGGCGACUUCAGUUUCGGCCGAAUCGCACGCAAGCCGGCAGUCUAUGAUGACACAUCGUAGUUCAAAAUUCAGAUCUCGCUCCACUACUUAUCACUCGAAGACGUCAUCGGAAGACAGACAACCCAAAGAGACACACUUUGUCAUCCAGAAUCCUCACCCUCCACCACCGGAAGACUCAUAUCAGCAAAUCAAGUCUUCCCCACAAGAUCACCAGCAGCCGCAUCAGCUUCAUCUCACGCCAACGACAACGAUAGCAACACCGCCAGUGUCACAAAUCCUCGGCUCGGCUGGAUUCAUAGAGCCUCAGCAAAGCUUGGCAGCCUUACCGAUCCAACCAGGUGCUGGAUUCCCGCCAGAGAGUAUAGCUGGCGUGAUAUCACCACUUCAACCGAAGUCUCCAGGUCCAGCAUUUGCAGCGCAUACGAACGACGCAACCGAUGCCGGUGGUGUUGUCCUAACACCUGCUCAAAAUCAAGUUCAGGAUCAGCUCCAGCGAAAGCACGAGGAACUACAGCAUCUGAUAAUGCAGCAGCAAGAGGAACUGCGAAGAGUACAGGAGCAGCUGUUGAUGGCUCGUUAUGGGCUGCUACCAUCGAUAGUGACCGUUCCAUUCACGAGCGCUUCAAGUAGUACUAACGAUAUCAACGGGAAAUAUAGUAACAGUGCGGCAUACCUUCAGCAUCACCACCAGUCAGCCCAUAGCAGUCAUCAGUACCAAAUGCAACCUAGUCUAACUAAUCAACCCCCGAGUUUACUGCAUACCCCUCAGCAACAGCAAAUGUGUUUGACUCCGGAUCAGAAACCAAUCUUUCACCCAAACCAGCAGCUGGAUUUCACUGACACUGGUCAACCCAAAUUGCCGGGUGAUCCCGGUGGCGAAAUGAUCUUCUACAUGCAGCUAGCUCCUGUUCCCCUCCAUCACCUGCAGCAGCAACCUCAAUCCUCGCAUUCACAACAAUCGCAGCAGUCUCAUCCAACCCAGCAACCGCAUCAACAGCACUCGCAAAUGAUGAUGGACUCGUUACCGUCCGAUAGCUCGGAGCCCAACCGUGACGGAGGAUCCAGUGGCCACAACAUGGAACUGCUGCAGUAUCAGAUGGGUCAGAAGCAAGCGCAGACUUUGUUCACCUCGGGUAUGGAGCAGCAGCACCAGCAGGAACAGGAUCGCCAACAGCACCACCCACACCAAACGCAUCAUCAACAACAACAACAACAACAACAACAACAACACCAUCAUCAUCAUCAUCAUCAUCAAUCUGCGCACCAACAUCAUCCUCACCCGUAUCACCACCACCAUCAUCAUCAGCAACAGAGCCAGCAUCAGCAGCCGCAGACGCAUCAUCGGCAGAGUUUGUCGAUUCCCUCGUCCAAGGGAUCAUCAACGUCGCAUUCGAGGAGUGAUAUGUAGAUGGUAUGAGUUGGGAAGUAAGAUUGUGUGAACUCGCGUCAUGAUUUUAGAAGUGGAUCUUCUUGUGGGAUCCAAUGCUUUGAUUGAGCAGAUAGCUAUGAUUGAAUGUAUGACAAGUUCUGGACCUAAAGGAUCUCUACGAUAAAUUUUCAGACAAGGUAUUAUUUACGAUUACGAUGUGGGUUGGAUGCCAUGAUCAGAACAAUGCCAAGUAUGAUCUUUGCCGUUGAUUGUUGGACUUCAUUGAUUUUGGAAAACCUUAUAAGUCAAAAUUAACGUUCAAUACUUUGCCAUGGAAUAAACUUCUUACAUGGGAGCUUCUCAUAAAAUAAAGUAAGAAUGUCUUCUUUCAACCCCAGUAUAGACAUGAUUCUUCGUUAUAGGUGCUUGGAAAGGCCACCGCAACCUUCUCAUUUUUGCGGUAAGUACGUAAGUAAAGUGAAAAACAACAAAAACAGAACAUGCUGGAAAAAUGGAAAGACUUCGAGUGCUUAUAACUCGAACAUUUCUCAACAGAUCGGAACGACGUUUGCAUCAAUUGAUAGGAAAUAUCUCUACGCAUCUAUCACAAUGAAUAAAAUAUUAUUUUUCAUGCGAUACACAAUUGAACGACUGUGAAAUGUUAAGCGUUAUCUAAACGCUCUUCCUGCCAAGUUUUGAUUGGUCUGAUUCACGGUUUCCCCAACACAGACUUCAAAAUCGAUGUACCUGAGGAAUCCGCUUUGCAAAUACAUAGUUAGAGCCCCCGCAGACUGCAGAUUUGUUGUCGGCCGAUAGUUUGGUUGCCCUCUUAGUCUGUACGAAAAGGUAUGCAUAUGUGCACAUUUAUAUUUUUUUAUAUUUAUAUACAAAUUAUAUCUUUGGAAAAUUGGCAAUAAUCGGUGCAGCCGGGAGUUGGAGCCAUGCUGCAGCCAUGGAUCGGGUUUAUUGGCGAAAAGUAGUGAAUCAGAUCCAAUCUCUCAACGGGAUGUUGAAUCAUAGCUCAUUAGUAUUUUAGUUGUAACAGAGCCGGGUUUCGCCGUGUACAUGUUACACGUUUUUAUGGCUUCUAUAAAGUGUACAUCACAAAGCAGUAGCCGUUUAGCAGACCGGACAGCUGAGACAGUUGAUAUUGAUAAUUGUUGGGUUAUUAAUAGCACAACAGGGCCCUGAGUUCACGAUCUACUAGCGAACGCGAAAUCAAUGUGGCUACGAAGACCCUACCCCACCAGUACAAUUAUUUCAACAAUUUGAAUUUUCCACUCACCAAUGUAUUUACUCUUCCGUACCUAAUAUCGCUUAUCUGUUAACUCACAAACCGAAAAUAACCAUCGGCGAUUUGAAUUUUGAUAUUAAAUCACGCAAAAUGCUUAAUAUCGAAGCCACUUAAAUUAGUUCCACACGCGGAAUCAUGUAUGAUUUUCGGUUUAUAUUUCCCUUUUCCACUUUUGAUCAAUAUGCAGUAUCAUAGGUUGGUUUAAAUAUUAGAAUAACAUAUAGAAGGUGUUCUCAUUAACAGAAAUCUGAAAUUCAAAACGUAACUAUACAAAUCAACCACCUGUCCAAAUUACCCCCAGCUGUUCGUAUUACCCGCAGUUCCCCUACAUCGAUUUAGUUGAGUCGGUGUUUGCACUAGCAGCCCAACCCGACCAAAUUAUCGGCCGAUUAAAAAUCUGCAGGACCUGCAACACGUGCUCCCUUGGCCGAGUGGUUAGCGUCAUAACUAACAUGCCGGGUGCUCGGGUUCGAUUCCCGUUCUGGUCGGGGGAAUUUUUCGUCAAAGAAAUUUCCUCCGACUUGCACUGUGAUCACGCGUAUUCUAGAGCUUGCCACUCAGAAUGCAUUCAAGGCGUGUUAUUUGGCAUAGAAAUCUCAACUAAGUACUAAUCAAAAUGACGCAAGUAAUACUACGUUGACACGGCGAAGUUCCUCUAGGAACGUUAGUGCCAUUGAAGAAGAAGAAGAAGAAGAAGGGCCUGCGACACGGUUAGUCCGUGGUCUGCGAUAUAUCCACAAAACUGAGAAGAAGGCUGGUUCCAAGAACAAUGUUUAUGCCGAGAAUCUCAUCACAGGACCAAAUUCAAAUAUCUCCGAUCCCACUCCCACCUUGAGCUAGCUACAGAGGACGUGAAACGGGGGUUGAAAGUUAGCUUCAACAGAAGAGGAGUCCCAAUCCUGCACUCGAGACUUAUCCUGAAAAAGUUGUCGGUGUUUCGGCUACACGUCAACUAGUAAAUACAUCAACGUUCUUUCCAAAACCUCUAAAUUCCUCAAACACAUGUAUUCACUCUAUAACAACAGCAUAGAAUUCAUUACACCAUAUAAGGAUUGUAAAAAAAAGUAGUCUUUAAUUUUCAAACAUCAAAAAAAAAAAACUGAAAACGUUUAGAAAGUGUUUACAGAAGUGAAUUUUAUAAAUAAAUAUUAAGUUUAAAUAGUAAUGAAAUGAAAAAAAUCAUGCUUAUUGUUGAUUUCUAAAAAAUGAUCGAACCUUAGAUUUAACUACACUCAUCGAAUUCUGCACAGUAGUCGCUGCAGACCAAUUCUUCUUCAGAGAUUCGUUCGGGCAGUCGUCGGGAAAAGACGCAUUUUUUCUUCGCUCCUCGUUUGGUUCUUCUAGCUUCGUCAGACAUGUUCGAACGCGUUUUUCUCUGCUGAUCGUUGAGUAUGAUUCUAGCGGUUGACCAUAAAUUCGCGAGUGUGUUUAGGAUUCACUGAAGCAGUUAAAAGUUAAUGAUCUCCGAAUAAAGCAAUUGUUUGUGAUGCGAAGACGCGAAGAUUUCGUUUGGCUUUAUCGGACUGUUUCCAUUUGUGUGUAUGUGUGUGUGUUCUUUUUUUAAUCAUUGCUAGGGCGAAGUAUGUGCCUGUGUGUUCGGUAGUGCAGGUAUCACUAUAGGGUGGAUUGCAGGAAUGAUCAGUUGACAACGAUCCCAGCUAAGUUCUUUAUUACUCUUUGUAUAAUAUUACUUCUUUUUAUAUCCAUACAUUAAUCCUACUUAACUUCUUUAGAGCUUAUAAUCGAAUAGCACCAGUGUCUCUCUGUUUUUCAUCUUUUCUUCAGCUCCAUCAGGAAUCUAAUUAGAAUUAAUGAAUGUGAUUCUCUUAAGGAAGGACUGGCAGCUUUUCCGGAGAGGGAACUAUUUGAGAAUGAGAGUGAGAUAGAAAAUGUGUGUAAAUGUGGUAUCUGCUGGCUCACUUGCCGAACCCUUGGGGAGCACAAUGCAAGAUGGGCAGGAAUAGAAUGUGAGAUAAUGAAAUUUCGGAAUUAGAACUUGAAAUUAAAAAAUUUUAUAAUUUAUUAAAAUAAUUUUUUUUAAUUAAAUUAAUUAAAUUAAAAACAUAGGCUUGAAAUAUAAAAUUUAAAGGAUUGAAAAUUCGAAAUUGAGUAUUUUAGAUUUGGUAUUCGGAAUUCGAUAUUUAAAUUUUCAAUCUGAAGUUUGAGACUACAAAUUUCAGCUUCAGGAAAUAAUAUUUGAAAUCUACAGUUUUCCGCCAUCGUUAUUGGAGUUCUAUAAAUAGUACUCGUGACUUCGGUUACCUUCUCAGGUUUCCCAAAGACAACUCUUCACCGUCGGGAUUGGAGGUCGAUAAAGAAGACGCGUGAUGAAUUUAGAAUUAUUAGUUUUGGAGCUGUUCUCUCGGUUACCUUCUCAGGUUUCCCAAAGAAAACUCUUCGCCGUCACGAUUGGAUUUCAAUAAAAAAUACGUGCAAUAAAUAAUAGAAUAUAUAGUCGGUCCAAUCAAUUUUGCAGGUUUUCCUUCUCAGGAUACCUAGAGAUAAUUUCUGCCGCGCGUUGAGACACAUAGGAUUUUCGAAAUUUCAUUUUCUCGUCCCGUCGAUUGUUCGCUUUCACAUAAUCACAUCACUUACCUCAGUGAAUCCUGAUUCUUACCUCUCCCCACUAACAACUAUCCCUCCCAUGAUAAACGCUAGGGAACCACGCUAUAGAGGCGACCCUUCUGGCCUUCGAGCGGCGAAUAUCAUACUAACAUUCCUUCCCUUCCCUUGGUGACUGUAAGGACGUGGCCGGCGUCGUUAUUGACCACUUAAAGCUCGAAUCACCGAAAAUUGCACAACGAGAAUGAUUUGCUAGUCCCAAGCGUCAUUCUGAGUGUUCUGUGUGCAAUUUGGUUGGUUCAGGUCCAUCACGGAGAGCAACUACGAAUUGUACAGUCUACCCAAGCUCAAGCUGCAGACCAAUUCUUCUUGAACUCUGACAUAUUUUCAGACACUGUACCUUUCUUCUUCAACUUGGCCUUGACAAUUGCCCAGUAACAUUCAAUUGGCCGCAGCUGGGCCAGACAAGCAUUUUUUGGCCUAAUUUUUCCAUCACAACAGUCGUAUCCGCAAAUGGUAUACUCUCCAAUCGAUUUGUAUUGUAGUCCCGGCAGCGUUCUGAAAUCUUUUUUGGCGUAUGUUUUGUCAUCCAUGAGAAUGCACUGAUUGGGAUUGCUCAAAAUCCGCUCAUAUAGCUUUCGACCUAGUGUUUUAGUGCGAUCUUGCCGCUCAGGUUUAAUCCGCUGAAUCAUCCCAACACUAGUUUUGAACUUCUUGGCCAAAUCACGAAUAGAUGCAGAUCUGUUCUUCUGAGUAUAAUUUACAACUUUUCGGUCCAAUUCGGGAUUACUUGGUCCGGAUUUUCGUCCACUUCUGCUGAGAUCCUCGAAAGAACACUCAUUAUGGAACUUCACGACGAUUCGUUUAACACUUUUUGGACAAACUUUGAUUUUUUGGACGUGGGACUACGUCUAACCGGAGUAUAUGGGGGGUAAAAUGAAAAUGCAGAAAAAAAUGAAAGAUUCCGAAUGCUUAUAACUCGAACAUUUCUUACUGGAUCGGAAAGAUGUUUGCAUCAAUUGAUAGGGAAAAUUUCUACGCAUCUUAUCGAAAUUAAUAAAAUGUUAUUUUUCAUCAGAUAAACAAUUGAAUUACUGUAAAAUGUUAAGCAUUAUCUAAAUGCCAUAACUGCCUCGUUUUGAUUGGCCAGAUUUACGAUUUCCUCAACACAACCAUCAAAGCCAAGCAACCUUGGGAAAAACGGUAUUGCAAAUACAUGAAAGUAUGAUGACUUUUGUUCUCACCGAAAAGUGUUCCCUAACACAAACUUCAAAACCAAGUAGAGAUGGAGAAAUCGGCAUUGAAAAUACAUGAAAAUCCGGUGUAUUUUUGUCCCGACUGAAAUGUGUUUCCCUAGCACAGACUUCAAAUCCAUGGAGCGUGGGGAAAUUGGUGUUGCAAAUUCAUGCAAGUCGGGGGCAUUUUUGUUCAGACUGAAAAGUGUUUCCCUAACACAGACUUCAAAACCAAGGUGUCUGGGGAAAUCGGCUUUGCAAAUAAAUGCAAACUGCGAGUACUUUUGCAUUUGCUUGCCUAGGAACCUGGUGAAAUCGUGCAGAAACUAGAGGCGAAUGAACUUUCAAGUUUAAAGCCUCUAUAGUAUAAAAAGUAGAAGUUGAAGUUGUUGAUUCAUGCAAGCCCUGCACUCGAUUUUUUGCACUCCGAAAAGUGUUUUCCUAAAACACGGAUUAUAAAAGCGGGUACGAACACAACGCUUUGGCUCGGUUAUUCAAGAUUGCAUUGAAGAAUAUGUCUUCAUCUCCUCUGUUCACUGAAUUUUCACAUAUAUCAUUUGAUGAUUAGGCAAAAUGUUGAUAACCAUUUGCUUCAAUAACGACUAUUGAUUAAACAAUAUGCGUUCGACGUACAUUUUAAAAUCGAAACUGAGUGCUGAGAUUCAAGCUAAUUUGCGGUUCGAGAAGUACGAACAUUUGAGAGAAGCAAAAUUUAGAGGGAAAUGUAAAAUAAAAUAAUCGUUUAAUAAUUCUUCCGUUCACAUAUUUUGUCCUAGGCAUCAUACCAAACGUUGAAGAACUGUCAUUUAAUAUUUACUUGUAACGAAGAACAUAAUCUGAAUUGACCUUACAUGGCAUUUAUUUAAUCUUUUUACUCACAAAGCAAAUAUAUAGAAUUCAAUUAAAUCCAAUUGUUUCAUUCAAUCAAAAAUUCAAUCAAUACAAACAAAUGAUUGCUAAGGUAGUCCCGCGUCAACCUUGCGGUUAUAUCAUAUAUAAGUUAUGUAGCUUCCGUUAGGGAAAGCAUAAAAAAUAAAUUUAUUCACGAUUUCACUUAUCGCUAUAACAUCAUACUUAGAACUAACUUAUAUUUUAGCAUCGAACCCAUUAUAAAGACUACAGACUGCUGAGUCUGCGUUCAUCCCGGUGGAUUGGUACUUAUGCAAGGUGAUACCUUGUUUCCCUUUCUGGCGAAUUCUCGCGCGCAUCAUCGUUAAUCUGGCGCGCCAGGCUCGGUUGCAUGUUGUUACUAUGGGCUCAAAUGAAUGUGUGGGAGGGACUUUUCAUAACGUCUCCCCCCUAAGAGUCAAGCGUCCUCAGUUGAUUUUCUGGAUCCCUUGGUAAGGACAAAUCUGGGUGCCGGAAGGAAGGAUUGCGUUAGGCAGGUUGGCUCGUCCUCCAGGAUAUCGGUUACUGUUCCUUUCUGAUAGUUUUCCGGGGAGCUGAUGUCGAACUUCUUGUUGGUAAUCUGUGAGGUGACGAUGUCCUCUUUUUUAUCCUGUUGGGGUUGACUUCUAGUUUGGGAUUUGUAUCUGCGAAUGCAUAAGAUGAUUACUAUUGAUAGGAUGGUAGAGGUUAUCGCUAGUCCUCCGAGCGUUUGAGAGCUGAUCAUGUGAAGCUUAAGUCUCUGAAUUUCCUCCAAAUUUUCGAUAUUCAUCUGGUGUAUUUCUUCGAUGUUUGGUUUUUGCUUAAUGGUUUCUAUCUCUUUUCCAAAUAUGGGUGUGAGAUAUUCAGAUUUAUUUAUAGAUUUAGAGUUGCUUCUGAAGGUUACAUUCUGCACUGUAACUGUGCAGUUACCUGUUUCAAUAAUAGUUGGAGCGGAAAUGAUUUGUGAUUCUCCACAUGAGUCUAAAAUGUAGACUGCUUUAUUUGUGUCGAUGAGAAUUGUUCCGACACUGAUUUCCUUGAUUAUUGGACGUUCUGGUUGUUUAUGCAUCGGACACUUGGCUUUUUGAUUUGUCAGGAUAUUGGAGAUGCUACCGUCGUUCACUGGCAAGUUAUUGUCGCAAAUGAAACACUUCUCACUCUGCUCGUAUAAUGACUGCUGAUACUUGGCCACAUAGCGGAUGCUCGUGUCGAUUCUGGUUCCAUUCACGUUGACAGGUUCUAACUGCAUCAAUGAGUAAUCGUUCGGUUCAAUGAUGGGGAGUUUGACAAUAAUGAUUAUGUGAUUAUUUUGUAGCGAUACAACUGAUCUUACGAAUUUAUAAAUUUCAUCUUCAAAUUUAAUGACAAUAUGUUGGCUUUCUAAAAAUUUCAAAAUAUAAUCUUUUUCAGUCAUACUGAGAAUGUUUUUGUUCAAGCUAUUAGAUUUUGAAAAGGCAAUCUGUUCUUCGAGGUCUUCUAAGGUUUUUAUCAGGAUAUCAGUAUUCAAAAUAAGAUUUAUGAGUUCCAAGUCUUUUCUAAUUAUCGUGUCUUGAGAUUGUACAUGUUCCUUAAUUGAUCUUAUGGUUUUUGAGACUUUAUUAAUAGUAGCUUGAAGUACAUUGUUGAUUUUUACUUGUUUUAUUUGAUUAUCUAUGAUUUUGUUGCUAUUAGUUUCAAGCAUCUCUAAAUUUUGAUUGAUUAAGUCGAGGUCUUCCUGGUCGGGGUUGCCUGCUAUAAAUUUUAUCACGUUUCCUAAAGCAUUAAUAAGUCCUCUUUUUGCACGUUUUGGGUAAAAUCCUGUCAACUUUUCAUAAGCCUUUUUAAUUUUAAACUGGAUUGUUUGUUGUAAGUGAUCCGUUACAUUAAGGUUAUUUGCUAAUUUUUCGAUAUAGUUUAUAUUUUGUCCUAUUUCAUCUAGGUUAAUUUUAUGUAUUAUACGGUCGUAUCCUAAUUUUAUCUUAACCGAUUUUAAGGUCAAAAGUCCGUUAUUUGUCGAUACGUCGUGGUAAAAUGUCGCUGAAGUCAGUGGAAUGAUCCUGAAACAGGCCGAAAAGAAAAAGAAAAAAAAUCAUUUUUUGAUCCUAUUUUUAUGAAUUUUUACUCCGUAAGUAUCUUUAAAUGUCAAUUCGUUAUCGUCCACGACUUUUGAAACCUUGAAUGGGUCUUUGUCCUUUGUUAUUCUCUGAUUAACUUUUACGUAUACAUUUUCUCCUGGUUCUAAAGUUUUUGGCAAGGUUUUUACCUUGUUUUCAUUUUCUAUCUGCUUUCUGCGUUUUUCCAUUAGGACCUUAAUGGCAGACUGAAUUUUACUGUAAUUUUGAAAAAUUUCUUCCGCUCUUGUUUCAUUGUGGUGGUUAAAGACUACUUGCUUUGGCUUAAAGCCGGUCGCUGAGUGAAUUGUGUUAUUAUAAAUAUCCACAAGAAUGUUAAUUUUGUCGAAGAAUUCCAUGUCUUUGUAUUUCGAAUUUAAAGUUCUAUAUAGUUCAAUGAGUGUAGAGUGGAAUCGUUCCACUAUUCCGUUUGAGUUACUUGAACUCGCAAAAUGAAUUUCAAUAUCCAAAUGCUGCAUGAAUCCAAUGAAGGCGAGCGAUGUCAAGCUUGGUUCUUGAUCGCAAGUUAUCGAUUUUGGUUUGCCGAAAAUUCUGAUGUGCUCUGUGAUUGCCCUUUUAAGGUCUACGAUAGUCCUUGUUUCAAGAGCGAUCACGUUUGCAAAUUUGGAAAAAGCGUCUACUAUAGUUAGCAUUUUUCUUCCACUCAUAAAAAAUAUAUCCAUAUGAAUCUUUUCAAAUGUAUUUUCUGCGGGGUUAGUUUUUUGAACCAAUUUCGGAGGUUUUCUGUCGUACUUACAUUUUUUGCAAGUAGUACAGUUAUUUAUAUAAACUUUCAAUUUUUUAUCAAUUUCGGGGAAGAAAAAUUCUAACAGGAUUUGAGCUUUAUUCUCUUUGAUCCCUCUAUGGGCAUAGUCGUGAGUUUUGCGCACGAUUUCGUCCUGUUCCUCUGGUAGCCUUAUGUCCUGGAGUAAUACCUGUGAAAUAAGGAGCUUGAAGAUUUUGUUAUGAGAAAAAUGUUUGCGAUAUGUUUCCUGAAUUAAUUGUGUUAGCAUUAAAGGGCAAUAGAUGCAAUUUAUACCGUUUGGAUUAAGUUUUUCUUUAAAAAUAGUUACUAUGUCUUGUUCUGUGUAGUUUGGUUUUGAGAUUAUAAAUCUGUGGUAUUUUGUGAAGAUUUGUUCAUGAGCUUCUAUGUCUGUAGGAGAAAUUUUAAAUAUGAUCUGGUUUUUGAAUGAAUUUGUUGGUCUUUCUGUUGUCCAAAUAUAAUGAUCGUCGCUGGUGUCUGCUGAAUGUACUGUCAUGCCGUCGGUGUCGGGUUCGUCUUGAUUUUCCUGUAUGUCAUUGGAGUUUAUUUCUGCUGGUUUUGUUCUAGACAGGGCGUCGGCUACGACGUUUUCUCUGCCAGGUUUAUAAAUUAUUUCAAAGUCAAAUUCAGUUAAAACUAGUUUCCAUCUAAUAAUUUUGUGGUUUGCACUUGUCAUCGAAUAUAUUAAUGGUUGAUGAUCUGUGACAAGCUUAAAUCUUCUUCCAUACAAGUAUGGUCUGAAUUGUUUAACAGCCCAUAUAAUAGCUAAUAAUUCUUUUUCCGCUGGGCAAUAAUUUUCUUCCGAUUUGUUUAAAGUUCUUGAUGCGUAGGCAAUCGGGUGAACUUUCCCUAUUUGUCCCUGUGAUAAUACAGCUCCCACUGCAAAGUCACUAGCAUCUGUGGUAAGGAUGAAUUCUUUUGUAAAAUCUGGGUACGCAAGUAUUGGAUCCAUGGUCAGAAGUGUUUUGCAUUUUUCAAAACAUUGAAUUUUAUCUGGAGUAAAUUCAAAGCAAGUAUCAUUUCGCAAGAGUUGCGUUAAAGGUUUGACCAUUUUGGCAAAGUCUUUUAUGAAACGGCGAUAGUAACCUAUUGUUCCGAGAAAUUGUUUAAGUUCCUUCUCGUUUUUUGGUUUAGGCCAAUUUUGAAUAACCUCUAUUUUGUCGCUGUUUGGCUUUACGCCAUCUUUGGUCACGGUAUGUCCAAGGAAUUGAACUUCCCGUCUGAAAAAAUAGCAUUUAUCUAGUUGUAUCUUCAAACAAGCUUCCUUCAGCUUGCGAAGAAUUUUACAUAUGUCUUUGACGUGCUCUUCAAACGAACUCGAAAAAAUGAUGAUGUCGUCCAUAUAAACAAGACAACAAACACCAAUGUGAUCUCUAAGAACGGCAUCCAUAACCCUCUGAAAGGUCGCAGGGGCGUUCUUGAGUCCAAAAGGCAUCCUUGUGAAUUCGUAUUUACCCGAGCUCACGGAGAACGCUGUUUUUUCGACGUCUUUUGCGUCUAGCUGAAUCUGGUGAAAUCCAGAAACUAGAUCUAGUGUCGAGAAGUAUGUCGCUCUUCCUAAUUUAUCCAAAAUUUCUGUUAUAUCCGGUAUAGGAUAUUUAUCAGAGAUGGUUUUCUCGUUAAGUUUUCUGUAAUCUAUAACGAGUCGAAACUUUUUCACACCUGAUGGAUCGGCUUUCUUAGGCACUAUCCAUACAGGUGAUGUGUAGGGCGAUAUGGAUUCUUGAAUAAUCCCGUCCUUCAACAUUUUUCUUAUUUGAGUUUGUACCUCUGUUUCAAAUAUUUGUGGAUAACGGUAUGACUUGGAAUGAAUCGGUAUAUUGUCCACAGUUCUAAUUCGGUGUUUGAUUUGAUGUGUAAAGGUUAAUUUCUGGUCAUCGGAAUAUAGAAUUUCAGAAUAUUCGCCGAUAAUGUCAUCCAAAGCUUUUCUUUCUUGUUGAUUCAACGAAUCGUCUAAGAUGCUGAAUUUAUUUCUAGGGCUUUCUAUGGGUUUCUCGGCUGUGACAAAUUCAUCGUUAUCAGAUUCAAAUUCAUUCAUGUUUAUUUCGAUUUGCGAUUCCUCAUGAUUUUUUACUGCAACAAAAGCGGUAUUAUUACUACUGUGGUAGAUCCCUGGUAGAAUUGAAAAAUUUCCCAUAUUUCUUUCGCUGCUUAUGAUGAAAUCUCCGUCAUUGGUGGUUCUGAUUUUGAUAAAUUGUCCUUUUUUUUCAGGUAAAUUUAUUAUUUGUUUUUCGGGAAAUCUUUUUUUCAUUUGAAAAGUUUUCUUUCCUAUUCUCAAGAUAUUUUUGCUUACAUCGAUUUUGGCAUUUAGAUCUCUCAACGACUCGUAACCGAUGAGACCGUCAAAAUAGCUAUGAAAUUUAAAAAUGAAAAAUUUUAAUUUUUUGUUAAUUCGAAACGGAUCGAAGGAUGCUGAUUUGUCGAUUGUGUGUGUUCCUUUUAUGUUGGUUACCUUAGAUAAGGGCUCUGAUUUACAGUUUUCAACGUUUACGUGGGCUGGCGAAAUGUAAUUUUUGUUCGCUCCUGUGUCGAUCAAAAAUUUCAUCUCUCCCUUUGAAGUUUGGAUUGUAAUAUAUGGCACGAAGUUGUUGUCGUUUUUCAUACUUUUCUUUGUGCUUGUUCUACCACGUGAAAAUUUAGCUCCUCGUCGACAAAAUAAUCGUCGUCCUCCGAGUUUAAGAUUGACUCUUCGAGCUGUUGGGAGGUGUCGUGUUCAUCCUCACAAUUUUUGCCGUCGUCCCUUUUUUGUCUUUGCCCAGUUUCGUGGUUGUUAACCUCCGUCCGAGAUUUUGCUGUUCUCAUGGAAACAUCGUCGUCUGGUAGCGGCUCUCUAUUCUUAAAUCUACCGGACCCAUUUGACUUUGCAAUUGGAUAGGAUGGUUUCGUAUUCGAAGAUCCACCGUUGUUGAAAUUGUUUGGUUUUUGAUUGAACGGGUUGAGGUUCAAGUUGGAAUUUUUGUUGGUGCUAUCGGAUGGUCUAAAGUUGUUUGCUUUGGUCGUCUUUUGAUCUAUUGUUUGUUUGUUGAGUCUUUGUCUAUAUGCUGCAUUAGAAUAUUGCAUAGUUAUGGAGUAAGCGUCCUCAAGGGAUUGCGGUCUAUAACUCCUAACGUGCAUUGAUAGCUCGUCAUUUAGCCCGUCGAUGAAUCUUGCUAAAGCCAUAAGACUUAUUAAACUAUUUACAGCUUUAGUGGAUGAUUUGUAGUCGUCCAUCAAAGCUGCUGUCGCCUUAAUUGACGUAUCAAUUUUCUUAACUUGGUUGUAAAACUCAGUUAGAGUCUUCUUUCCCUGGUUAACAUAGAAAAGGGAUUGAAUAUGAGUUGUAAGAUCUCUUCUGUCCCCAUAAGAAUUUAGGAUUAUUUCUUUGAUUUGUUCCCACUGAUUUGGGUUGCCAGUGCGAGUGUAUUCUCCGCAUCUUCUAACCAAGCAUGUGUUUCUUUUUUGUUACCCGCAAAAGUGGCCAGAUUUUUAAUCGGGUCUGGUGUUCGGAACUGUAAGAAGGGAUCUUCUGAUUUCGAUCGCAAUCUAUGGAGUUCGUCAAUCAAAGCGUUUUGAUUGCUCGUUAGUGUUUUUAUAUGACCCAACAAACUUUCAACUGUGACUUGUUGUGGGUUCUCCUGAGGUUCUUGUUCAAUAAUUAUUCUCCCGUCCAGCUCUGGUGCUGGCAUAAGGUCGGGUGAAAUCAUAAAUUCGCGUUGAUCCAUUUUACCAAUGAUAAUCUUGCUUAUAAUUUGCACACACAAGAAUGCACUGCUAUGAUAUUCGCGCACACUGCACUGCACCUCGCGGUUUGUGGCUGUUAGUUUCGCUCGCUUUUAAAAUUGCUGAACGUUGUAUUUUGUGCCGCUUGCCUCCGUGCUUUACUUUUGCUUGCGGGGCAGCUGAUUUUUGUUGCGAGAGUUAUGUUACUUUUUUUUUUAGCGAUACAUUUUAACACUCACUUAGGAAGAAAUAGAAAAAAUUACUUACAAGAGGAUGAUGAUGAUCAUCUCCUGGAGUUUCUAAGUUGAUGAUUAGGUUCGAUGGUAGUUCCUCGCUUCUGGGCUACGCUAAUCAGUGAUAUUCCCUCACCGGUGGUUUCCCGCUAAUCCAGAUGUUUCAAAUAAACGUUGCUCGGUCGUGCACUUUACUGCACUUUACUUCCACUUCACUAUGAGACUGCGCCAGUUAUGUAGCUUCCGUUAGGGAAAGCAUAAAAAAUAAAUUUAUUCACGAUUUCACUUAUCGCUAUAACAUCAUACUUAGAACUAACUUAUAUUUUAGCAUCGAACCCAUUAUAAAGACUACAGACUGCUGAGUCUGCGUUCAUCCCGGUGGCUUGGUACUUAUGCAAGGUGAUACCUUGUUUUCCUUUCUGGCGAAUUCUCGCGCGCAUCAUCGUUAAUCUGGCGCGCCAGGCUCGGUUGCAUGUUGUUACUAUGGGCUCAAAUGAAUGUGUGGGAGGGACUUUUCAUAACGUAUAUAUAUAACCCACUCAUUUUUUUUGCUAUUUUGUGGUAUGUAACAUCCUGUUCGAUGCACCAAUUGUGCAGUUUUUUUUAGUUUCCAAAUCAAGCCGCGACAUUUCGAAAACAACUUUAUGACCGCGACUGGAUGACUUCUUUUUCGAUUUUUGACAUUUGAACAAAGCGUGCUCUAAUUGCACGACAAAAAAAAAGGUCCCCCGUUUGUGUGUAAUAACGUGUUAAAUGUUUAAGACUGCUUUUCGAUACACUUCUUAUUCCUUCUCUGCCCUUCGCGUUCAUUCAAUGCGCAAAACAAUUUUUAUCACCUCUCGAGUGGCCCACACAGCGCUCACGAAAAAGGUUAAAGUGGGAAACAUCUAGCUAAUUGGCGGCAAUAAUUAUUUACUUCUAAUCCUUCGUCUAAUGCACUAUCUCUGGCGCACUUAUCCUGGGAGCUAUAUAGAACAAUUGAAGAAAAGGAAACGAAACAUGUGGUUUCCUCCUGCUGGCAUUUUUUUUGGUUUUAAAAUGCGCGUUGCGCUACAAAUUUGAUGUUUGAUUAUUUUAUUUUAUUUUUAGCCCUGCUAUCUAAGCUUGGUUAGUAACACCGAUUGAGCUAAUAUUUUGCGUUAGGUAUUUUAUCGUGUAAAUCAACAUUUCACACGAUGUUCUAUAUGAAAAAUCGAGAUGACCAUUUUUAUUGGCACCCUAAAGCAUAUGUUGAGGUAACGGCUCAAGAGUGCCAAGAUAUGGCUAGGCGGAUUGGCAGUGACUCACCACUUCUACGACAACUUGGUCAUCGACGGACCAAACUUGCACAAAAUCGUUACUUUCGAGGAUUGAAGAUAAAAAGCGUCUGAAUAGAUUGGAUGAUCGAUAACACUGGUUUAUACACGACACAUGCCUAGAUUUUGUCGGUCUAACCAGGAGUUGGAUUCUGCAGUUAGGAUCUAAAGGAUUAAGUGAUCCUCAACACCAUAGAUUUUUUUUUUUAUCUAAAAUAUAUAUUUCUAUUUAGGCUCAUAUGGCGUCAGCCUGACGGGGCCGGGAGUUCAAUAUUUUGACAAUGUUUGCUUACAACUAUAUCAGUAAUAUGUAACCGAUUAUUCGCGGUUGGCUCGAGAUUAGUAUUACAAGUGUUCUCAUAAUUGGGAUGUUGCAGUCUUCAAUGCUCUGUACGUGUGACCGACACGGGAUACUUCCUAUUGGGAUGCAGCUGACCAUUAAUCAGCAACGCCCCCUAGUCUGUACCUCAUAUCUAGCGUAGUGCGUCUUUCUCGACUCGAGGAAUCCAGGAUAGAAUGGUCACUAACCGGCGCAAUCAUCAGCUCGUGUAGAGUUGUCAUGAGCGGUACAAUCCUCAGCUCUUGGUGAAUGAUCAGUGGGCUGCACAACCUUCGGCCCGUGUAUCUGUAAAGAGUAUGUGUAUGUAUUGCCGCGACUAAGUAAAAGUUUAUCGAUCGGAUAGGAGGGAUAUGAUACAGGGAUACAACGGAGGAAAUAUCAUUAAACGUUGACAUCGGCGUUUCUGAAGAACAGGUAAUAGCCAUACGUUUUGUCUGGAAUUCCGAAAAAACGAAGUCCCUGAGAGUCAAUUUUUGACAAAAAAAAAGUUCCCGAGAUGACAGUGAAUCUUUUCGAAAACACCAUUAUCAUUUUUUUUCAUGUCCAAAAUAUCGUGCAAAAUGUAUCCCACUCGUUCCAUUAAAAUGCCUAUGGCUUCAGCGUCCUCGAGUAACUUUACUUCACGAUCGUUCAAAACGAGUCGAUGUACUUGUUUUACGAUUUCCGGAUUCGUAGCCUCUUUUGGCCUUCCAGAGCGAGGUGCAUCUGCGGUGCUUGUGCGGCCCAUUUUAAAUUCAUUGAACCACCGAUAAACUGUUGUUCUCGAAGGAGCAGAAGUGGAACAACUUUUCGUCAACCACUGCAUUAAUUGUUUAGGAAACAAUGUUUGAUUAAAAUACGAUAUUGUUUGUUUUCCAUUUUCUAUAGGAAUGCUCAGGUAGUUACACUCAAACAACUGUAGUUUGUGAACAAAUAAACGAAACUUCACACAUAAACUAGUGACAGAUGAAAUGAAUCUUGUUCAUUUAUAGUGGCGCCAUCUGUUGAAAAAUCCUGGGACUUUUCAGCCCAUGUAGAACCUCUAAGAUGUUGAUAGCGUUGCGUAACUAAUGACUGAGACAGUUGUAUAUAAUCUCUAUCUUUCGAGACAACUAUGCCUAUAUCAGCUUUCAAAUGCAGGGUCCGAUAAAAAAAGGAAACACUAUGAAUAAUGGACAGCGACCGUUAUACACUUUGGACGAAUUCGAACGAUAUAUAUAAAUCGACCAAACAUAGUUCUAUUCAAUGGAACUGGUGUAGCGUUGAACGACUCGAUCAACUACAACGACCCGACUAACCCAACAGUUAAUUAAAUGAUGAUUAAAACACUCAAAUCCAAAAAGUCGCCUGGUCUGGAUCAAAUUCGGAACUAUUUGCUGGAGAGAUUAUCUUGGAAAAGAUUAACAUUUCCGCGUGUAGACUGGAUAGUUUAGACCAGACUGGAUAUUUUCCUUUAAGUUGUAAGCAGGUCGUUGCUGUUCUGAAACCAAACAUUUAUCAGUCAGGAGGUCUUCGUAGCCUAAUUGGUUACGUGUCCGCUACUAAGCGAACAAUCAUGAGCUUAGAACUCAGGGCCCUCAACUGACCAUCUUUGUGUGUUAUUCUAGCUACUACGUCCACGCAACAAUCAUCAUAUGACGAUAAUCCCGUCUUUUACCGUUCACAUUACGGACUCCUGCAUCGGUAAUUGGAACUAUUAAUAACACAACAAUGGAAACCUCAUAACAACAGAUCCGCUGUGUUCAAUUGUAAACAUUUGAACAAUAGGAACAUUCUUACGCCGAAAAAGGAAACAUGUGUUGUGUAUCGAUAGGAUUGGAAAACUCUUACGCCUAAAUGGCUACUGUCUUACAGAUAAAAAUGUGUAUCGAUAAGUUAUGAAUACUCUUACGCCUAAAAAUGGAUAAUGUAUAAUAUACAACAUGAGAAAAAUGUACACGAUAAAUUUGGCUCUGUUACAGCUGAAUUGCUAAAUGAGCCUAAUAGAAAUAAAUAGAUGGGAUAAAAAAAAAAGUAUCAGCCAGAUUCAAAUUAUUUUAUGUCGCGUCGAACAACAUUUGAAUUAUCCCUGAGGAACAGUUUGACUUUAAAAAAGAACACUCUACAAAUCACCAGUAGGUCAGACUUUUGAGAGAGGUUCGAACUAGCUUCAUUGGCAAAAGAACUUCGGACAGGUCUGUUUGGCAGGAGACAACUCUCUUCAAAAAUGCUUCAAGGAAACUUUCCUUUGUUUGCUAACUAACUCGAUUCACGUUGAAGUAAACGGACAGAUAGAUCGGUCUUGUGAGAUUAACAAGGAACCCAAGAUAUUCUCUUCACAUGAAAAAGGAGCCCACAAAACCUUCAACGCAGUCAGAUCACUGUGUGUGGGCAGCAAGUUCCAUGGUCGAAUGAUGUGAAGUGUAAAGGUCUGAAUGAGAGCCCGCUAUCUACCCAUCAAACAACCAUCACGUCUCGACAGAAACUACAAAAUGGUGUUCAUGCCAUCUAUCACUUAUGGAAUUUCUUGCUUGAUAUAGCUGUGUUACUUCACCCAGGAAAAGGUUUCAGGUGAAGCUAAAUCGGCCACAGAAAAUUGUGCUCAUUGAGGACCCAUCCCAUCGAGCUGAUGGAAUCGACGAGUGGUUUUGGCUAGCAUUCCUAAUGCUUUGGAACGGAUAUGUCGCUUCUGCAAACUCAUAGUUGCGAAACACUGUUGAGGAUGAUAAAUUUUACUUCUUCUUCUAUCCCGUAAAUUGUUUACCAAUUAUUCAAGGUUGAGACAGUUUCUUUUUGCAUCGAUAAAUUGUAAACGCAGUUGCUAGAAGUUAUUUCGUAUAUCAGCUAAUGUUCUCUGGUUUCUUUGAUGUACAGUCAAAGCUCUCUAUAGCGGCAAUCUUUAUAGCGACAAAUCUCUCUAUAACGACAUGUUCAAAGGUCCCUUCAAAAUCGCAUAGAAAUUCUUUUCUUUAUUGCGACAUUUCUCUAUAAUGACCAGGGGUUAGACAUCAAUUGAAUAUAGGCUACCCAAAAUCAAAAUCAAUAUGGCGUCAUUUGUUUACUAACAUAUCAUUUACGAGGAUUGAAAUCAUUGAAAUCACGGAGAUAGUAUGGUUUAUUUUUAACUGCAUGAGCGAUUUUCAUAUUUCGGUUUCACAUGGUGUUCAAAUUUAACAUGGAAUUUAAAGUUAGCCACUAUUCGACUAUAUAACCGGACCGAGUUGUAAACAAUAGUAAUUGAUAGGACCAAAAUGUCAGUAAACCGCAGCAAUAUUGGGUACACUGGCAAUACGAGGGAUCUGACGUUUUAGUCAUACCCCUGAUAAUGAAUGACCUUCUCUAUAACGACAACAUAAUUUUCUCUAUUGCGUCAAUUUGUGAACAUCGGUUCACGCCCAAGUGAUUUAAAUUUUCGAAUACUUACAAAAACAGAAAUUCAAGCCAUAAAAGAUAGGGAAAGCUUAUUGAAACAAAUUAAUCGAAGAAUUGUUGUACAAUAAUCUCGUCCUAGAGCAAAAGAAUAAAUUGCAUUUUGCAAUAAAUAAAAAUGAAUGUAUUGUUUACGCAAUUGUUAUGUGGAUAAAGCUUUUAAUAACAAAUUCAGGCACUUCACUUCGAAAACAUUCACUGCCCAAAAUGAUUUCAAAUACACGAAAAUUUAUAACGCUAAAAAUAAAUUGGACAUAAUUCAAAAGUUCGAAAAGGGUACUAAAAAGACAACAUUGUCUAGUGAAUUCAAUGUACCGCACAAUGCGGUUUCAUUCAUCAUCAAAAAUAUGGACUAGAGUCGUGAAAAGGGUAAGAAUAAUGGCCUCAAUGAUGUUCAAUUGGUAUAUUUUGUCUGACGAUGAGAUAAAAAGAAUCAAUCAUUCAAUCGGGGGUCUAUUGGAUGUAUUGAAUGAAUUCAAAAAACAUUCAAAAAAAACAGGGCAACAAUUUCAACAAUGAAACUAUAAGCCCACCCUCUCAAAACCAGCAAAUAGGUUCCUUUCAUAUUAUCUAUGCAAACAUAUUAUCUAUUUACAAGAAAAAAACAAUUAACAAAUCCCUUUUUUUUAUCGGAAUGAGCUGAUUUUCAUAUUCAUUGUUUUUUUUGUGUUCCAAGAUGGUUAGACAUCAAUUACUUUUGUUUCUAAUAUAAUUUAAUUGUUUUGCGUCAUGCGAAACUAAAUUACAGACCAAAUUCCAGAACAUUUAUUUUUUUGGUGAGCCAACGAUAGCCUAGCUUGAUGCUUCCCCACACAAUUGUGUAGCUCAGAACCUUAAUGUAAUAGCGUCAGUUUGAUACAAUGAUUGCAAUGCCAAAGACAUCGGCGAAUGAAUAACUUGAUCGCGUCCACAGCUCAACCCGAAACGAAGGCCUGUGAUGACGCAAAACAAGGAAUAUCAAGCGAUGUUCAUUGCUUUGAAAACAGAACGAGACUGAAAGUUUGCCUCAGCGAGAUCCACUGUUUGUACUCUAGGCAAAUAUUCCCCUUCGUUUUUCUUCCUUCCCUUUGUUCAAGGAGACUUUGAAUCUUACGAUUUCCCCUUCGUUGCUCGUUAUACACAGCUCUGUUCGAGAAAGCUCACAAAUCAGCAGAAAAAAUGUAUGGGAAAAUGAAAACGCUUAUAGUUUUCAUGAAUUUUAAGCAUUUAUACACCAGGGGAUUGUGAGGUAAAGAAUAUCAAACAAAUCUUAGGAAAUUUCCGAUUCGUUUGGUAUGUAAAUCGUCAGAAUCCGUUACCUUUAUUUCCUAAAAACGUGACCUGUUUUCUGAUUUGGCACCCUUAAUGAAAAACGUAGUCCUACGUCAAAAAUAUCCCCGACUUGCAUGUUUUGACAAAGCGGAUUCCCACAUGUACAUCGAUUUUCAAGUCUGUGUUGGGGAAACCGUUAAUCAGGCCAAUCUAAACAUGGCAGUUAGGUCUUUUAGAUAACGCUUGACAUUUUACAGUUAUUCAAUUUCACGAGAUAAAUAACAUUUUUUUAAUUGAAAAUUGGAAUAUUUCCUAUCAAUUGAUGCAAACGUCUUUCUGAUCUGUUAAGAAAUGUUCGAGUUAUAAGCAUUCUAAAUACGGGUGGGGUUAGCACACAAAUCGGCAGAACAAAUGUAUGGGAAAAAAGGAAGUUCUUCCAGUUUUCAUGAAUUUAAACCGUUUAGAGAUUAGUGAAUUGUAAUGUAUAGCAUAUCAAACAAAUCUUAGAGAAUUUCCAAUUCGAUUGGUACGCAAAUCACGAGAAUUCAUUCACAGUGAAAAUAGUUAUUAACGUUAACUUUAUUUCAUAAAAACGUGACCUGUUUUCUGAUUUGGAACUCUUCCUGAAAGACGUAGUUCUACGUCAAAAAGGAAUGAAAGGAAUUGGUUAGACUGCUCUAUGUUGUUCCCCUUUUCGAUACUUGUCGUUAUCAAGAAGAGAAAUUCUUAAGCGUAAUACAUCACAUCAAAGUGCCACGAAAUGCACUUGCAUACAUUCAAUCAUAAGAUCGUCUGAUCACGACCACAAUGCAUCCAGAGGGAUCUCCGGAGCCACAAUGGUUGAGCAUUCGCUUAUUGAGCGUAUGAGCAUGGGUUCAGCCCCACAAUCCUCCAUUGAUUGAUCUUCUAACAGGCCUUUUUUAAAGCUAGAGGCGAGUGAAUUUUGUAGUUGGAAGCCUUAAUAACAGAAAAAAAAACUAUCAAUCAACACAUGAAGACAUUUAUUUCAAAAACAUGAUGUGUCAAAUUCUGUCAAACAGAAGUUAUAACGACGGAAAUCAAUUACGAAGUGUCAUUUCUGGGAAAACUGUUUGCUGUUUGUUAGCAGGUAAUUUUUUGACCAAGUUUUGUCAAUAUUUGCUCCGACGUAAGUUUACAGGGCACUGACAAAGUAAAAAAGACGGUGUGAUUUAGAACGCCAAUGAAACAACAACAACAACAAAAAUCUAACAUUUAUCGACCAAUCUGUACAGGGAUCACUUUUUUGUGAGCAUAUUAUAUCAUUAAUUAUAUCAUUCAGAAUAUCGUUGUAGGACAAAAAUUGUGUGAUAUUGAAAUUAUUCCGUGUUUUUGGAGGUGAAGCAAAAACUCCCACUAUUAAAAUCCGUUGCAAAGAGAUUGCAACUAGCUGUGAAUUAAGAUAUAUAUAUAUUUUGUACAAACAUGUAUGUAUUUAUCGUUAGGAACUAUACCUAGAAAAAUCAGGCCAUGCGUUAGUUUAGUUAGAAUAACACCACCAAGUUUCACCCAUAUCGAUACACCCAAUCAGUAGGGAUAGACAGCAAAGUCAGCAUAAACAAAACACUCAUCUAAAUAAUUAGAAGGAAACACGAAUUGCAAAGAUUUCUAGUGAUUUUUGAAAGGCUGUAACUUCGUGAACAAUGACCGUAUACAAAUGAAACACACAGCAUUUUGUAGCUUCAGAUUCUUUAGUUUUAUUUAGAUUUAGAGCAGUAACUGUUUUUAAGCAACAAAAAUAACGACAGUAGAGGAACAUUGCGAGGCCAGGGACUCUUCCAGGGGUACAGCAAAUAUUUUUCGGCUCAGACUAAAAAUAGGACCACUUAGCCUGAUUUCAAUGCCACCAUUUGCUGCUGCGAUAUUCGAAGUUGCAUGGAUAAAAAUGUCGUCAAUUUUCAUUAUUUAUAUCAGCAGCAAAUGUCGUGCUGAAUUUAAAAAAGUCAUGUGAAUUACUGGGAUAAAUUACUAUUUUAUAUGCGUGAGAAGUGGAAACAAAAAAGUAGAAAUAAAUAGUAUGUUGUACUGUAGUCC